UUGUCAUAAUUUUAUGUAAAUAAAGUUUGGGGAAGAGGUUGCUGCUGGAUGAUACCAGCCACAGCAGCUGAUACCUACAACAUUAGGUCAGAAAAACAGAGAUCCCUGAUGACUUUGUAUUUUAAAGCCCCCAAACCAACAGAACGUCAGCUGCCUUGACCUUUUACUGUACACUUGACUCCAUCUUUCAUCGAAGCGAGCAGUUGAUGAGUCAUUCUUCUCAUCUGGAUCGCAUGACCAUCUCUUUCCAGGGCUCAGGCUGUAUGUAAACCCAUAUCAGCAAAACAGUCCGUUUCAGGCUGGAUUUAGGAGCUUUUUUAGGAUUUAGAGUUUAAUUUGGGACUAGAGUUAUUCUUUACCAAGGGCUUCUCGGACCAAGCCUCUAGAAGAGACUGAAGGAGUCUUCUGCAGGCAGCCUGUGUUCUUUACGAUCUUCUCUUUCAUAUUAUCAAUUGUGUAUUUCACUUUAUGCUCCAUAAAAUGUUUGCUUUCAGUUAGGAAUGAUCCUCGCUGCCCACUUCACCCCAUGGGUGUUCCAGGAACAUUUGCCACCUCUGUCUAGCUACUCUUCCUCCUCUCUGGCCCGCUGUGGAGGCCCCUGGUUCUGCUUUUAGGUAAUUACUAAGCAGUGCAGCAGCAUUUGCCCAGGGGCCCUUUUCCUCCCCGAGCAGAGCAGGGUGGUUGCCAUGGGGCAUCAGGGGCCCUGUGGGUGUGGCCACGAAUGCUCGGGAGUUCUCAGCAGGUGGUUUCUGAGAUGGAACCUGGCAACCAUCCUUGGGUUCCCCUUCAGAAAUUCAGGUUUUAUCCCGCUUCUGUUAAAAUUUUCUUUCUCUCAAGAGAACAUCUGACAAAUCAAGACAGUGACAGAAGGCUGACACAGCUCACAGGGGCGCAAUGGAGAUUUUCUUGAUUGUAGUCUUUGAGGGGCUUUGGUUUAGGGCUCUGGUGGCUUUUAGAGAAAGGCCCUGAUCCUGAAUCCUCUCCCCAACGUUGUGGCGAGGGAACAUUAUGGUAUCUUGUUACCAGUCUUGUCAUCUUGUACCACUUUGGCAGAUUAUUUCUGUGAGCCUGUUGAUUUAAACUCAGCAAAUCACCUGAUUUAAAUUGGGUGCUUGAAAUAUGCCUAUUAUGUCACUGGGCAGAACUUUCGUUACAUCGGUGACUGACUUCUAGGCUUUUUUUGCCUGACCCACAAUAUACAGUAUUUUACCUUGAAACUCUGGGUUACCCUUAUCGUCUGAGAGCGCUCUGAAAUUUUUCGUUCUGUUAAGUUUCAUUGUUUUAAAAACUCUGGUUCAGAUCCAGAGUCGAUUUCAUGGCCUGCUAAUGGGUAGUGACUUGAGGUUUGAAAAAUGAGAGCAAGGGUUCUUGGAGUGCUUUGGAAAAGGCUGCAAGGGUGAUCGAGGUUUUUCAGUUACACCCUGUGAGCAUAGCUGUCACCACAAGAUCAAGUAAUAACCACUCCUUACAGGUUCAUUCAUCGAGCAUAAGUGGAAUAAUGCUAGCUAGGAUGAACGUCAGAAUUGUAAAUGCCCUGAAGCAGGACUCUCUGUAUUAGGCAACCAUUUAAGUCAUUUCAUUAAAGGGAGUUGAUCAUAUAUAAGUUGAAGGUAUUUGUUCCAAUAAUCUUUUUUUUUUGGCUUGGAUUAAAAGCGUUUAGGUCAAAUGUUAGCAUUUAACAGGAUUUAAUGGAGCAGCCACAGUUCAACUAUAAUCCCCUAAUGAUGGGAUUAAGCAGAGAGCCAUGGAUUGGCUUUUAAAAUGUGCUUUAUCAUUGAACCUGGCCAGCUCUGAAAGCUUGUUUGUAUUUUGGGAAGGACCAGACUACCACUUGGCAAGUAGAGAUUUUGUUUCCUUAUCCCAAAGUCUUCCUUCUUAGUCAUGCUCUCUCCUUCUGGGUAGAUUUACGCAAGCGGAGAAGAUCGCUUUAUCCCACCCAGCUUGCCUGCCCCAAGGGUGUGGGUGAUCUGGGGACCACCAGCAUCAGAACAUUCGUGCAUGUGUUAAUGUAGGUUCCCAUGUCCCAGUGCAGGUCUACAGAAUCAGAAUUUGGGGGAGGGGACAUUUCUUAAGUUGGUGGAAUCACAGGAGUUUUUGAAUUCUUUUUUUCUUCAAAAGUUGAUUUUGUUCAAGUAUAGAUUAUAUACAGUAAAUGGAUAUACUUACAAGUGGAGCCAUCGGGAUCACAAGGAAGAUAUAGAACCUUUCUGUCACUCUGAGAUUCCUUCCUCUUGGAGUUCCUCCCUCUUGCUCUUGUCACCGCUCUCUGCUUCCUGUCACUGUAGCUCCGGGAAGCAGGCAGCGUGUCUUGUGUCCAGCUUCUUUCACUCAGCAUAGUAUCUGUGCAAUUCCCCCAUGUUCUUAUGUACAUCAGUGGUUUCUUCCUUUUUAUUGGCGAGUAUUUUUUUGUAUGGACUCACCACGGUUUGUUUAUUCAUUUACCUGCUGAUGACCUUUGGAGGUCUUGAGUUUUGGACUGUUGUAGUAAAAAUAGGUUGGAACAUUUGUCUGCAAGUAUUUGUGUGGAAGAAAUCUGUCUUUUGAAUAAGUCUCCCAAGUGAGGCUUAGGUACAUGAACCACGGAUUCUUAUUCUCUCUCUUCUUCUCUUUGUUAUUCCUGGAUCAUUUUGGAGAACUGUAGGUUUUUGUGUCUAGAUCAAAACAUGAGUUUGCCAUGCAUGUAUUCAUUCAGUGCCGUGUAUUUGGGGUAAAUGUGUAUCUCAUUAUCGUUUAUUGAGUGUCUCUUCUGUGCUAAGAGCUGGGAAUGUAAAGGUGAAUUGUCCCCGGGGGGAGUCUGAUGAUCGGGAGGACUCGUAGUGGUUGAUUCAUUUAGCCAGUGAGUGCUUGGACCAGGGACUCCUCCGUGCUGAUGCUGGGAGGACACGUUUUCUUAGGAUUUGGUUGUGCUUCCAAGAAACACAAAAGGUCUUGGUGGUUAACUCCAGGAGCAGCUUAGCCCUUAAAGCCUGUUUGGAUAGUACCCUCUUACUUCCGAGUCAGGGGGCCAUGGUGGGCCACAGUGAGAAAACUGACACUGAUUCUUGGACAGGGGAGAAAUGGUCAGAUAAGAAAAUUAAGUGCAGAAGAAAUAAUGGCUGGCUGAAUGGCUGAGGAAAUAAGUACUAAUUAGAAGCUGUUAUUCUGAAUUUGUGUAUGUUUAUUGGUGGCUGGAGAGCUGGUGGUUCAGUCCUUAGGGAAUUGAAUGAUUUGUUAAAGAUCCGAAUAUUUUGCUUUUCUGCUUAGGGCAGAUUUCCCAAAUUGCUGUUUUUCCACUCUGCCAGGCUUACGUUUAUUUUAAGGUUGACCUUUUUGUUUCUUGGAGACUAAUGAUUUCCUGCUUGCUCUAAGGUAGUAAUUUUUAACCGUGGCCGCAGGACAGCUUUAAAACAUCUGGAUGCUCAGGCUGCACGACCUAUUCAGUCGGACUCUCCGGGCGGGCACCCAGGCAGUCGUGUUUUAAGUUCUUAGGUGGCUCCAACAUGGAGUCGAAGCUGAGGACCACUUCUCUGGGGCAGCCUUGGUUAUUGGUACGCCUCUUUAUGGUCAGUUCCCCACUUUGCCUGCUAAGUGUCAUCGACAAAGCCUUGGCUUUUCUCCGUUCUCUUCUGAUGACAAAAUUUACUUCACUGCUUGAAACAUGAGAACUUGAUUCCACAUGGCCUCGUAACUGCAGAGCGGGGGUCCCGACUCAGCAAAGAGGACUGGACUGCUCUCUUCCCUCGUUGAGGGGAACGGUCCGCUUCUCUGCCUCUGAUUCUGAAUAGUGGGCAAGAACCCAGUGCUGGACACCAUCGGGCUCUUAGGGGAGAAAGUGGGCAUAUCUUUCAUUGUUAAAUAAGUAACUUUAGAAAAUAGAGAAGAGUAAAAAGAAGAAAAGAAGUCCUUUAUUGUCCCACUCAUCAACAUUUUGGUUAAUAUUUUGGUGUGUGUACGGGUGUGCGCACACUUACACAUACACACUGGGUUGGUGCUGUACAUACAGUUUUUUUAAUUGCAUAAAUUGCCUUUAAUUCUUUUCACUCAUUGCCUCAUUUAAAAAAUCGCUAUCUUCUAUUUUAUUACUAUUAUUGUGGUAGGAACAUUUAACCUGAAAUCUACCCGCUUAACAAACUUUUCAGUGUACAAUACAGUAUCAUUAACUGUAGGCACGAUCUGGUACAGCAGAUCUCGAGAACUUUCUCAUCUUGCAUAAUAAACUGUAUACGUGUCGAGUAGCACCCCCCCACCGGCAAACACCAUUCUACUCUCUGCUUCUGUGAGGUUGACUGUUUUAGAUUCCUCUUACAAGUGGAAUCAGGUGAUAUUUGUCCUUCUGUGCCCGGCUUAUUUCACUUAGUAUAAUAUUGUACACACUAUUUUUUUAAACCUAUUUCCUUACAUAACAUGAGGUGAACAUCUUUCCAUGUCAGUAAAUAUUUCUGUGCCAUCAUUUUAAUGGCUCCAUGGUGUUCCUUUGUGUGAAUGUACCACAGUUUAACCAUUCAAUUCCCUAGUGUUGGAUAUUAGAUUUUUCUUGCUUUUUGGUCUUCUUAGCACGCACAAUUUUUUGGCUAAAUCUUUAUGUGUCUUAAUUAUCACCUUAGGAGAAAUUCCUAGAAGUAGUGUUUCCUUAAGACAAAUAUUAAAAUGAAUAUGAAUGUUUAUAACUUCUGAGUAUAACCAAAUUGGCUUCUCGUUAGCAAAUUUAUUUUUCAUUAGAAGUGUGAGUUUGUCUGUUCCUCUACCACCUUACAAAUAAAGGUAUUAAAAGUAACUAACAUAGGUUUAAAAAAAAAUGGUACUUCAUUUCAGUAUACCUUGAUUCGAUUUCAAACAAGGAUCGAGCGUUUAUUUUGCCAUUUGUAUUUGGAGGGGAUUGAAGAUUAGAAGCUUGUAUGUUUUGCCCAUUUUUAUAUCAAGGAUUUUGUUUUUUGUUUAUUGAUUUGUAGGAUCUCUUCAAAUAGUAGAGAUACCAACACAUUAUCUUAUGUGUAUUAUAUUUUGGUUUUUGUUUGUGUGAUUUUUCUCCAUAUGGAAAUCUGGAAAAUUUUAUAGUGCAAAAUCUAUCAGCCUCUUUCUCUUUUUCAUCUGUAAUGAUAUGCUAAGAAAGGAGUCCCCCGCCGUAACAUUAUAUAAUCGUUUAGGGGCUUUAUUAUCAUUUUUUUAACCUUAGGUUUUACUUUUUCUGGAUUUUAUUACUUAAUAGUGAACCGAUUGUCUUGGCAUGUUGUGUUGAAAAAUCCAUACUUUGUCUUACGAUUUUCAGUGCCUCCCACAUCACAUAUUCGUGGGUUGUGGGUUUUCUGUUUCUGAUCUUUUUGUCUGUUUUGUGCCCAUGUUGAACUCUUCUCUGCAUUACAGCUUUACGUUAGGGCUCCUAUCUGAUAGAGCACACUCUUCGUACUCUUUUUUCAAAUAUUUGUGGCUAUUCUUGGUUAUUCUUCCACAGGAAUUUUUUCAAGCCUCUUUUUUCCCCUUUUGGGGUAUUGAUUUUUAUUAAAUGUAUAUACAUUAUGUUUAUAGGAAAAUGAAUAUUCUUACAGUAGCUUUCUUAUCCAAGAAUAUAGUCUGUUUCUCUGGUUACACUAAUCUCUUUUGUGGCGCUUAGUAAUAGUUUAUAAUUUUAUUCAUAAAGGCCAUACACAUUUUUUGCUAAAUUUAUUGUGUAUUUAAUGGUAUUAUUGCCAUUUUAAACCGGAUUCCUUCAUCCUCUUAUCUUGAGGGGUCGGCAGACUUUUCUGUAAAUAUCUUAGUUUUGGGGGGCCAGAUGGCCUCUGUCACAGGUUCUUCUUGCUUCUUGUUGUUUACAACCCUUGAAAAGUGAGAAAACCGUUCUUCUCCGGGGACCGUACACACCCAGACCAGGCAGUAGUUGGCCACCUUCUGAUCUGGCUGCGUCUUGCGGGAGGAGCUCUGCUCAUGGCUUUUGUACCUGUUCUGGCCAUCUCUGUAUAGAUUCUCCAAGGUUUACACAUUGCUUGAUGUGGUUGUAAUUUGGUAUUUUCCUUUCAGUCUUUUCACAUCUUUCCUUGGUCUUCCCCCUCAUCUUCCUCUGUCAGUCCAAUGAUAGCAGUGAUGUCGACACCCUGGUGUGACCCUGACAUUACUGGGUCUGUUGUAUCACAGAUAUGUUUGAUGUUAACUGUUAAUUUCCUUUCCCAAGUUAGUAACAGUAUUCCGCAAGAAUGCUGUUAUAUUAUAUGAAGAGUCGUUAUUUUUUUUAAGCAUCACUUAACUCGUUCCACAAAUUUUGGGGAGCCUUUAACAUAGGUGCUAAGUUCGGGACCAGGAUGGGGGGAUGCAGGCUGUGGAUACUGCCCCUUGUUCUGCAGCUGUCUGGCUGGGCAGGUGGACAUGAGCUUGCUGUGUCAUAACCAUCUUCCUGGUUCCCCGACACCGCGAUGCUGGUAAUGAGAAGCACUGAUGGGAGUUACCCCAAUGGGUGAAGCUGAGGUGAAGGGUGCCUAUUUUGGAGGGACGGCAUGUGCAAGGGCCUGACACCUUCAGGAAACCAGAAUACAUCAGUGACAGCUGACUGGGGGCCAAGCUUCACAGUAGGCUUCACAGUGACCCCGCAGCCUUGUUAAGGGUGUCGUUCUAAGGCUAAUUAGGACGCCAUCAAAGGGCUUGAUAGUUUCUGUAGCAUGGUUGUGCUGGCUCCAGUAUGGACUGGUGGUAGGGCCAUCAAGAUGGAACAAGAAAAUGGGACAAGAGGCUGAUGUGCUGUUGACGAGAUCAUGGCUUGCAGGGUGGCCAGAGUGCACAGCUUUGGGAGCUCCUGGUCUGCGGAGGGUGGGCUUCAGCCCUGGAGAAGGAGCUUGGCAGUCCUCGCUCCUGCGAGCUCCCUCAAAAGUCACACGGAGGGCAAAAAGCACACAGCGAAUCAGGCGGAGACAGUACUUCCAGGCCAGCUGGCUUGGACUCUGUUUGCUUUGGGAGGUCGGCUGUAAACUGAGCUUUUAAAGGACAGUGUUGUAUGUAUGUCAGUCUUGUGUAAAUGUUAGUAGGACAGGAAUACUGAUUAAAGUUUGAAUCCUGCUCCACUGCUUAAAGCUGUGUAUCCUUUGGCAAGUUACUUAACUUCUCUGAAGCUUUAUUUCCACUUUUGUGUGCAAAUCAAGUAAUACUAUGCCUACUAGGGAGAAAUAAUUGCCAUUUACGGAAUGAGAGGGAAGGAUGUGCCUGGCACACGGAGGCGCUCAGCUGGAAGACUGCUGUUAUCGCUCUCACUGUGUGGUCGUCAUCAUUCCCAUUGUCAGAGGACAGUCAUCAUUCCCUUUGUCAGAGGACAUCGUUAGCGUCUUUCAGCCCAGCCCCUCCUCUCCCUUCGGCUUAUGCUCGCUCGGGGCAGGAUGGCAGUGGCCUUGCUUAUUCUUUCUUCCACAAGGAGGAGGGAGGGGUGAUGGGGGAACGUGGUGGCAAACAUGGCCCAGGUGUCAGAUUCCCUGGGGGCUUUUGCCUUUUGUUUUAACACACAUUCUAACACAGAUCCUAAGCUCCUCUCCCCCUUUCCCUCCCUCUUAUCUUUUGCUGUGUUUGCGUCUGGGCCUUGGCAUUUCCCCACACAAAAGUUCAGCCUGGAUGGAUGACACACUCUGAUCUCAGGUUGGUGCGUGGUUUCUGGCCUUGAGGUUGUCUUCAUCACUCUUGAGUACUUGGCUGUGGGACGCUCUGUCACGAAGGGUGACACCCUUCCCUUGCCAGACUUUGAGGCUUCUGCCCCGAAGCCUUUCUCAGAGCAUCCUGCCCUGCACUUUCUUUGGCCCCAUCUCCUCUUAUGCUCACUUGGGUCUAUGUCUUCAGGACACUCCAGAGGCUGCUGUCCUGUAAGAGAUGGGCAGAGGGAAUGGCUGGGUCCCCCCAGGGUAGAUUUUGAGGGUCAUAUGCUUGGUAGAGAAAUGGAAUACAGAGUACUUGAUGGAAAGUGGUCUUGUCAGGACGGAACUGUCGCCCUUUGUUCCUGGUGAUGGGGGCAGUGGGGAGGGUUGGCUGCUGCAAUGGCUGUAACGUGUCUGAAACAACACAGAGACAGAAUUAACCUAGGAGAGUAAAUGUAUUCUAUGUGAAAAAGUCCUGUCAUUUUCCUUCAAGUUACUCUGGGUGAGCGUGGAUUGGAAAGCUCUGCUGGCACGCUCAUGGCGAUGGGGCUGGAUGUGGACCAGUCUGAUCUUCUUCGGGGACUCUAUUCCAAGGGAUUGGAGUGUGCAAAGGGUUUGUUAUACAACACCAUUAUUUAUAAUUGGUUGUAAACAUGAUCCUCCAAAUGACCCGCAGCAGAGUUGUGGUGAUUUCUACAGUGGAACUUCACGUCGCUGUGAAAUAGCAUAGUUGUGAAGAAUGACACACGUCUAUGAUGGAAUAGGUAGCGGUGGGUGUUAAGGUGGUGGGACCACUGGGGGUUAUCUGGAUGUGGAAUUUUAGGAUCUGCCUUCUUUCCUCUCAGAAUGCUGGGGACAUCACUUUUUCUUCUGUUUUUUAGCUAUUAGAUGAGAAGUCUUUAUAUAAUAUAUAAUAGAAUAAGAGACAAUAUGCUAGUCAUUCCUUUGUGAACAGUGUUUUUGUUUUUUUCUGACAGAGGUUUUCAGGGUUUUGUAUCUGUAGAAUUCAGACGUGGUCCCGGGAUGUGUGGCUGGGGUCGUCUUUCAGCGCUCCUCCCCAACACUGAGAUGUCCAGUGGAUCAGAAGUCUGUUUUCAGUGUGAGGAUUUGUUUUGUCUGCUCUUUCUUUGACUCCUCAUCCAUCUGUUCCAUUAUCUGGCUGUCUUUGGAACUCUUCUUCUGCGGACAUUUGUUCUUCUGGCUCUAACAUGUGUUUGUGCAAUUGUUCUAAUAAUCUACAAGUUUGGUUUCCAGUAGUACAUCUUCCAAGAGAUUUAUUUUGGCAAUCAUGUUUAAUUUCCAAGAAUUCUUUUUGGUCCUUUAGUUAACUACUUUUUCUUGAAUUCCACUGAGGAUAUGAAUGAAUUAGAGCAUUUUAAAGGUACUCUCCUGAUUCUUGAAUUAAUUUUGCCUCAUGGGGCAUUAAUUCCACUCUAUCUAGCUUGGUCUUCUUUCUGCUUGUUCAUUCCCCUCUGAUGUCCACUGACACCCCGCCCACUUCGUGAGACCUGGGAGCCAACGCUGAGGCCAACUCUUUUGUGUACAAGGCUCCAGGAGGUAUUCUCAACUGUGCUUUUUGAAGUUGAGGCCUUUCUUAGUUGCCAAAUAGUUGUACUGUGGGGAUCGCAGGGGGAGUUUUAAAAUGAGAUUUAUUCUUUCAUAUUUCCAAGAAAUCUCUGCAGUGUUUUCGUAAUCAGAAAUAAAAUAAGCUGUAUUAUACAUUAUCACCAUCUCAGACUCCCAGGUCAGAGACCCUGGUGCCAUUUUGACUCUUUCCCUGGCCCUACGCCGUCUGCACAGGUAGGUGCUAGUUCUGUUCCACUCUCCAGUUUCUCUCUUACUGCCUUCCCACUUCUUCUCCUGUGUUGCUGCUGCCCUGCGGCCCCUGAUUCUUACCUGCAUGGACACUCCAGGCUUCGGAUCUUCCUGCCUCUACUUCGUGUGCUGCUUUGUCUGCCUUUUGCACUGUAAGGAAGUCCCUUCCCAAAGCACAGGUCUGACCAUCAUCCUUACCCUCUUUGAGUCUCCUCUUUCUGCUGAAUUGAGUGUAAGCUCUUUAUCUUGGCACCCUCUGGGGGCUCUGUGGUCCUAGCUAACGUGCCCGCCACCUCCACCUCCUGUGCAGUGAGCUGCUCAGUGACUCGUGUCCCUGCUUCUCUGAACCACCUUGAUAUGCACCUGGGUUUGGGCCACUUGGCUUCGGUGGGCAGGGGCAAUCUGAAGGUGACAGGAAGCUGGCCUCCUUGGGUUUGCCUGUUGGUAUCCCAGUGAUGAGAUCAGCAGGCUGAGCACUGUGCCCGGAGUGUCAGGCGUAGGAGGCCACAGGCAUGGUGAGAGAGAAUCACUGAAGGGUAUAUGCAGGCACUUCAGGAAGAGGACAGACCACACCCAUGGCGAAGCCGAAAUACGUAUGUAAGGAAAGGACCAGUAAAAAGUUCAAGGAAAGGUCUCUAAUCAUAGGAACCUGCGCAGCCACACAAAGUAACAGUCCCGUUGGUAGCCAUAUAGCAGCUGAACAACAGAGGAGGGUACACUCCUGCUUCUGUGCACACUUUGCCUCUGCUAAGAAUUGGGGAUUUUUUUUUUGAAUUGUAAAAUACUAUAAUGAAGAAUAUAGGAUAAAUCUAUGUAGUUAACAUACACCGUCUCUGUCAGAGCUACAAGUAGAGCCUUGAGUGUUUUCUAAGCAAUGUCCGUAACUUCCCCUUUGAAUAUAGAAAGUCUCCACUUUCAUGUGCUGGAAACUGCAUAGUAAAGCAGGUCUUCAUAUCCCCUACAAACAGCAGGAAAGACAGGGAAAAAUAUAAUGGCCCACUCAUCCCUGUUAUUGAAAAGGGAAAAUUAUUUAAAAAGUCACUAAGCUGCAGUAAGUCCCGUAGACUGACUUUGGUAUGGGCUUUGCUCUGUCUUGUGCUGUGCAUGUCCCUGCUUCUCAAACUAGGGGACGUGAUCUUGUGCUCAGGAUCCACAUAGCACAUUUGGGAUGUCAUUUUGGGGAGGAGGGAAAUAUCUUUAAACCAGGGUUUCUUAGUCUUGGCACUCUUGACAUUUGGGGUGGGACAAUUCUUUAUUGUGGCAUCUGUCCUGUGCAUUGUAGGAUGUUUAGCAGCCCUCCUGGCCUCUGCCUCUGAGAUACACUGGUAGCUCUCCUCCUGUCAUGAUGACCAAAAAUGUCUCCAGAUGUUGCCAAAUGUCCCCCGGAGGGCACUUCACUCCUGGUUGAGAGCUGCCGCUUUCAACAGACAAGGAUGUGACAUGAACAAGAACGCACGGUGUGCAUGGACAUUUUAAACUGGUCUAAGAGAUGGCGCUUGUCGGGGUCAGCUCUGCCUGAGAAUUGGGUGCUCCAGGCUCUGGACAGCCAGCUCUGAUCCUGGGCUCCUCGCUUGAACACGCCUUCCCUUCCAGCCACUCCAGUCCAACGGCCAGACCACUCGUUUUCUCUUAAUGAUGGGAAUCGGCAAGAACACGACAUCCAAAUCUGUGGAGGCUGGGAGUUCCACCGAAGGCAAAUAUGAAGACGAAGCGAAGCACCCCGCUUUCUUCACCCUCCCGGUGGUGAUAAACGGAGGUGCCACGUCCAGCGGUGAACAGGACAAUGAAGACACCGAGCUCAUGGCAAUCUACACGACAGAAAAUGGCAUUGCAGAAAAGAGCUCUCUCGCGGAGACCUUGGAUAGCACUGGCAGUCUAGACCCCCAGAGAUCGGACAUGAUUUACACCAUAGAAGACGUUCCUCCCUGGUACCUGUGCAUAUUUCUGGGGUUGCAGCACUACCUGACAUGCUUCAGUGGCACAAUUGCGGUGCCCUUCCUGCUCGCCGACGCCAUGUGCGUGGGCUACGACCAGUGGGCCACCAGCCAGCUCAUCGGGACCAUUUUCUUCUGUGUGGGAAUCACAACAUUGCUGCAGACAACGUUUGGAUGCAGGUUACCCCUGUUUCAGGCCAGUGCUUUUGCAUUUCUGGCCCCUGCUCGAGCCAUCCUGUCUUUAGAUAAAUGGAAAUGUAACACCACAGAUGUUUCAGUUGCCAAUGGAACAGCAGAACUGUUACACACAGAGCACAUCUGGUAUCCCCGAAUACGCGAGAUCCAGGGAGCCAUCAUCAUGUCCUCAUUGAUAGAAGUGGUCAUCGGCCUCCUGGGCCUGCCUGGGGCUCUGCUGAAAUACAUCGGGCCCCUGACCAUCACGCCCACGGUGGCCCUCAUUGGCCUCUCUGGUUUCCAGGCGGCAGGAGAGAGAGCGGGAAAGCACUGGGGCAUCGCCAUGCUGACAAUUUUCCUAGUUUUACUGUUUUCUCAGUAUGCCAGAAAUGUUAAAUUUCCUCUCCCAAUUUACAAAUCCAAGAAAGGAUGGACUGCAUACAAGUUACAGCUUUUCAAAAUGUUCCCUAUCAUCCUGGCCAUCCUUGUAUCCUGGCUGCUCUGCUUCAUCUUCACGGUGACAGAUGUCUUCCCUCCUGACAGCACGAAGUACGGCUUCUACGCUCGGACGGAUGCCAGGCAGGGCGUGCUCCUGGUAGCCCCGUGGUUUAAGGUCCCGUACCCAUUCCAGUGGGGACUGCCCACCGUCUCUGCAGCUGGCGUCAUCGGCAUGCUCAGCGCGGUGGUCGCCAGCAUUAUCGAGUCCAUCGGGGACUACUACGCCUGUGCCAGGCUGUCCUGCGCCCCACCGCCUCCCAUCCAUGCUAUAAACAGGGGGAUUUUCGUGGAGGGUCUCUCCUGUGUUCUGGAUGGCAUAUUUGGUACUGGGAAUGGCUCUACUUCAUCCAGUCCCAACAUUGGAGUUUUGGGAAUUACUAAGGUUGGCAGUCGCCGGGUGAUACAGUACGGUGCGGCCCUCAUGCUGGGGUUGGGCAUGAUCGGCAAGUUCAGCGCCCUCUUCGCCUCCCUUCCAGACCCUGUGCUUGGCGCCCUCUUCUGUACUCUCUUUGGGAUGAUCACAGCUGUUGGACUCUCCAACCUGCAGUUCAUCGAUUUGAAUUCUUCCCGGAACCUCUUUGUGCUUGGAUUUUCAAUCUUCUUUGGGCUCGUCCUUCCAAGUUACCUCAGACAGAACCCUCUCGUCACAGGGAUAUCAGGAAUCGAUCAAGUGUUGAACGUUCUUCUCACAACUGCCAUGUUUGUAGGAGGCUGUGUGGCUUUUAUUUUGGAUAACACCAUCCCAGGUACUCCAGAGGAAAGAGGAAUCAGGAAGUGGAAGAAGGGCGUGGGCAAAGGGAGCAAGUCGCUCGAUGGCAUGGAGUCCUACGAUUUGCCGUUUGGCAUGAACAUUAUUAAAAAAUACAGAUGCUUCAGCUACUUACCCAUCAGCCCGACCUUUGCGGGCUACACCUGGAAAAGCCUCGGGAAGAGCGCAAACAGCCGGAGUUCCGACGAGGACUCCCAGGCCACGGUAUAGCCAUAGCUCGCCCUGUGGCCCGGCCGCAGUGAGGCGUGAAGCUGUAGUUCCUUGCUGAGUAACAAGCAGUAACAUAUAUGUUUGUAUAUCUGCAUUUACAUUCUGCAUCCCAGAGCUGAGACAGGUUACAAAUAGCUUUUUUGUUGUGGGUAGUGAUUAUGUCUGAUAGGAUGUCUCACUUUUCUCCUUAUUUAAGCCCUGACCCCUUGCCCUUGAGAGCAUUCACUGCUGGCCAUGGUCACUGAACUUGAAGGUCCUGUCCUCCUGUGGGAGUGGAUGUUUGAAAUCCGCAGUGAUUCCUGGUUUUCAGUCCCCUUCCACCACCCCGUGCUAGCUUUCCUACAAGCCGCCUCCAGGGUCCGGGGGCCUUCUGUUCCGGAUGCACCUGAACCAGCUUGUUUUUUUAUUUGACCUCGGCCUGAACUGCAGAGACCACCUCUGAUCAAGGGGCACCAGUAUCCUCCCAUUGUCACAACUGACAGGUCAUAUGUGAUUCUGUGUUGCCUGAUCCUCCUGUAAGAGGAGGCCGUUGACCUGAUUGAAAACUGACGUGGUUACCCCGUGCCCAGAUCUGUGCAUGAGUAAGAUCUGUACAGAUACUAUUAAGAUGGAAAUCUGUUUAGGGGCUUGAGGGGGAAGGGAAAGUACCUUGAAAUCAGUAUCUGAUUUUCAACUGCUCUUUCUUGGUGCCACCCAGGUCCAGGCUGGGCCAGCACAUUUGAUACUGGCCUCUUUUUCACUAGUAGCUGAGACAUUCCAUCUGGCAUUUAUCACUCCUGGCUGGUAUGAUGGGUAUAGAGUGCCACACAAGGGCACCAAGCAGACGUUCCUGGGAGCCUUAGCUCUGCUGUCAUGUGGAUGUCAGUUAUUGUCACGCGUGUCUAUAAUUACAAGAUUUUAUUCCUAUUUAAUGUUAUUGACUAUAGCAGAUUUUUGAAAUCAGUGUUUUUCCAUGUGAUCCUCUUACCUUGCAUCCCUAUUACUUGUCCCCCACUCCCCUACCCCUUAUUAAGAAAAGAACCAGCAUUUGUAAAGCUGUGGACACCAUCAGGGAAGCUUGUCAUGGCUUUUGAAAGCCAGUAACCAUUGUUGUGGUUGUGUUUUGUAUUGCUUGAUACCACAAAAGUGUAAAUACUGUAAUGCCUAAUCUAUUUAUCAAAACUGACUACUGGACCAGAGCCCAGAAACCAUGGGUUAAGUUAUACGUGAAUUUGUUUUGUGAAGAAGGGAAGCUGGGGCAGGUAACAAACAGAGCCGCCAUAUUGAAUGGUCCGGCCACCUGGUAAAUUCGUCACUUGCAGUUCUAUUGCAAGCCAUUUCUGUGGGUUGCCCUGUUGCAUGUCCACUGAAUCUUGAUUUUGCAGAGAGGAAGAUUAGAUCCCCUGGUCAAAUGCUGCCUUUCUUGUUUAAGUUAAAGCAGAAGGUGGUGAGAAAAGCAGCCUGCAGGCCCCCUCUGUUGAGUUCUAAUGAAUAACACUAAAUUCCUUCUGAAAAAAAUAACAUCUGUUGAAUUUGGUUUGAGAUUUUUCAGCCAAAGGAAAAGCCUCACUUGAUGAGGUUGUGCUUCUUAAGUAUUUGCUGACCUGGUUGAGUCUUAGAUGGCGUUGGGCAUUCCUGUCUCCAACAGCAGAGCAUGGUUCUCGGCAGCCUUGUGUCCACAUGGUGCAUCUCCUGCCCCCACAGCUGGCUCUGCCUCUCUGCAUUGGGAUGUCUUUGGCAGCAUUAUUGUGUCACUGUCGCCUCUUUGACUCCUGGAAAGGUUGGGGCUUCAAGGCUUAUUCUGGCAAGAAUACUUCAGAGCCACUGCAUUGUUUUGCCAAGAUCUUAUUGCAGAUUAAGUAAAAAAUUUAGAUUCUAAAUUACAUUUAAAUUUGUAUGUCAUGUUUUUUAAAAUUGUAUCCGACGCAUAGUUACUUUAGAAGCACACUGGUUAACGGUUUUCACCUCUUUAACUUGGUAAGCCCUCGAGACUGACAGCCCUCCUACGCUGAUUGCUCUCACUUGCUUCUAUGUGUAUUUUGCUCAGCAUCUCCAAUUUCUCUGCUCUGGAAAAAUGGGGAAAAUGGUUAAACAUCCCAGAGAUUUGCAGUAUUCCAGCUCUAGGUGAGCAGAAGGACCAAAUACCCAAUAAAAGCAUCUGAACCGUCGGUAAUUCAGAAACAACUUCCCUUCAACUUAACGUGACCGGGCAUCUUCCCUCCCAGUGAGUAAUACUCAGGGUACGUGCUUCGAAUGUCCAGAAGCCUACUCCCUUCUGAAAGCCCUCGUUGGGCCAGGUUAUGAGGAGGUUUCAAAUCUGCUGGUCCGGGCUUUGUCUUCUGCAAGCGUUCAAAUGUGGAGGGAAGCCCUGUACCAACACCUCCUAUCGGAAAGAGGGUUUUUGCCCUUCCUGUUCCAUUGGGGCCGAUGUUAGAGUCUCUGUCCAAGGGUGGGGAGGGGACAGGAGGUGAGGAGGAAAGAGGGCAGCCUGACUAGAGGUCCCAUUGAAUCUGGUACUUUCUGCACUACCUGUGAAACUCAACUUUGCUUGAGGGAUUGGAGUCUCAUGACAACUGAUAAAUCUUGUACACGCAGAAUCCACCAGCCGUUUUAGGACGUGGCCUCCUGCUUGCAAAUAUGCUAGAGAAUGAGUCUGUAAUUGAAAGAAAAACGUGUUCAUCUGCUCCUUAGAGUUGAGCACACACCUGAAGGGGAGGUUUUGGGGAACGCGGUGGCCAUGCGUGGUCUGUGCCUGUAACACUUCCCACUUACAUUGUUGGCCUGCAUUGCUGGGGCCGCAUGCCCACCCUGCUUUGUUUGGCUAAUAGAAUGUUUUAGAAUAUUGUGGAUGUAAAUGUCCUUGGGCAGGGCAUUCAGUCUCCAAUUUCUACAGCGACCACCUACCCACCAUCUUCACAUUUACGUUGGCCAUCCUGAUGUAGAAAGUAUAAGGACAGUAGCUAUUGCCCAUAUCACAGUGGGGGGCAGGGGAGACCUCCCCCCCCACUGGUUUUGGUAAAGUAUCUAGCAUGGUUCACAGAAUCAUGGGAAAUGGCUCCAGUCUCUGUAAGCAAUUUUUAUUCUCGUUCUCACUAGGGAAUUAAACUUAGAUUCAUUGAUACAGAAUCUUUCUUAAGAGGGUUUCAAACGUUAACUUUGAGGAAGUUUCUUGUGGUUGAUCAAAGCAAGAGAAGUGGCUUAACCAGGCCAGCUAGAAUGAAGCAUCCUGGGUCCUGAUGGUUUCCCAUUUUCAUGGUAACAAAUUCACACACGGGAUUUGCUUUAUGCCGUAGCAUACUGACUUUCAUGAUGACAACUUGGUUUAUGCAUGAAUAUUGCAGUAUUUCCAUAUAGUAAAACAACAUUUCUGCCCAGGAUAAUAGUCACAGUUUUCCAGGGAGGGAAUGGUAUAAUUUUCAUGACAAUGUCAUGUGAUGAUAGAAUUUCUCCAUUGAUGAAUCUCUAGUAUGUGUGUAUACUUUAUUUACCCAUGCGUAUAUCUUAUGUCCAUGAGCUAAGUUGUUUUUUCUUUAAUUCGUGUCCCUGCUGAAAUAUUAGUACUAGCAACUUAGGCUUGAAGUUGGCAACUCCAAUCUUCCAUAAUAUUGAUGCCACAAGAGCGGCCAAGCCAGGUAGAGGGUGAAUAAGGAACGAUCUGUGGCGGAGACCUCAUUCUGGAACCUGUGUGGCGUGCGGACAGGCGGCUUCCUGCUGGUGGCUGUGUUGGGGUGCACACUCGGCUGCACACACCAAGCCUAGUGUGGCUGUUGCUGGAAGCCUUGUGUGCACACCCAGCCAUGCCCACUGGACACCGUGGUAGCCCUGCACAUGUGCCUGAGCUUUCACAGGGCCCAGCGAGCCGCCCCUUGGCUUUAGAGAAGAGCCUGGGGUUUCUUAUGCUGUGGGUAUUGUUCUCUGUCCCCUUAUGCACAGAGAACAGGACAUCUCCCACCUUCCACCCCUCCUGCAGUCACAACUGGAGUGGUGCAAGAAUGCCGCCCGUUUUUGCCAGCGUUCAGCUUCUGCCCGUGGACCUGUAAAGCACGUUAGCGCUGGGGAGCCCCUUUCAGCAGCCUCACACACAUUCCUGUCCUUCUAGGCUGUUCCUGGCUCUGCCUCAUCAUCACUGUACAUAAAUAACUUCCAGCGUCCUUACAAUCGCUGUGUGUGUCCCCCGGCACUUAGGACCCCCGACCAGCGUUGUCAUCUUACUGACAGUUCAAGGGGAUACCCUUUUUCGUUCAUUCAUAAUGACCUUUGUUUGACACAUUAACACAUUUCUGACUGUUCUAAAAACAGUGGGGAUGCUUGUAUUUUCCUUGAGUUUUUGUGACUGACUUUGGCUAUGUACCUUUCUGGGAUUUUGUUUGUUUUUAUUUCGCACACCGAGGGUAUCUGGGGUGGGGUUGUUUUUCGAGAUGUGUAAUUCUUUUAUGGAGUUUUUAAAAAGAAUUUUCAUAUUGUUUUUCUAACAUGGCUUCAUUAAACGUUUAAGUAUUUUAAAAAUAUGUACUAUUUGGACCAGAUGUUGUGAAUAAUAGUAGAGAUAAAGCUAUUUUAUUCUGUAUUUUUAAAACUGUUCCGUAUAAAUAAAAGCUCUCCUGGACGCGG